CCCAAGUCGAAUACAUAGCUGUUUGAAACAUCUGAUCAUCAACUCUUAGUCCUCGCUUUUACAACUUAAAUAGAUAUAGUAGAAAUACUCCUAUUCCAACUGUUUACCCAGAUUUCCUCUAGACUUCCAAUCCCAUGUACUCUUUCAAGUUCUUCGUAGCCUAUGUGGUAGUCUUUUUCCAGAUACAAGUCGGAGCUGAUGAUCCCGCUCCUCUUUAUCAGCCGGUGCCGGAACCGGCAGGUUCCAAGCCAACAAAACUGCCCAAAGUUAGAAUCGAUGUCAUAGCACCAAGUGGCUGGGUGUGUCCUGUGGACAUACCAUCAUCUUGGUGCGUAAGAACCCUACCGCUGGUAGGCGAUCAGACACGAUAUGGCAUCUAUCCGGCUAAGAAACUCCAACAGCUUGAAGCACCUGAUAACAGGAUUGUUUGGGACUGUACUGGUUAUAUUUACGAUGGGAAGAACGAAAUCGCCCAAAUGGGCGUAUGUUGCGGGAAGAGCUACAAGCCAGGAAAGCCAGUCAAGAAGGGCAGCUAUUCCAUACAAACCUAUCCGGAGUACCUGGCGAACAAGUGUCAGGAUAUCAAAAAAUUCAAAAGAGAAGCAUCACCCGGCGGAGUAUGAGCUGUGAGAGCUUCUCAUAUGAUGCUUGCUUGUUAUAAAGUGGGCAGACUGUUAUCUUCCGCAUGAUCCAUUAAAUACCAUGGAUAUGCAGUCCACAUUUUUCAAUUUUGUAAAUGAAAUCAUCACUUGUAUUAUCAAUGUAGUCAGGUUCCAAAUCCAUUUUACUGUAAAACAAUUCCUGCACCAGAAUGAGGAAGAAAAAUUGAGUUCG